CACCCACCACCGAGGCCCCGAACCCGAGCACCGCCGCCAUCGAGCGACACGACUGACGACGCAGGGAGCGAACAGGGCGGCGCAGGAGCGCGCCAUCAUGUCCGGCGCGCAGGGAGCUCAGCCGAAGGGCGCCUUCACGGCGACCACCUACACGUCGGCGCCCGCGGCUGCGGCCACCGGUGGCGGCGUUGCCCAGGAGCAGCAGGCGAGCCGGCGGCAGGCUCCGAGGACGGAGCUCAGGUCGGGGGAGGACGAGCGCGGGCUGCCCGUCAGGAAGCUGGAGGACACUGUCGAGGACGCCGCCGGCAAGGGCGGGCCGGUGUUCGGCGCCGGCACGGAGGACGGCAAGGCCGACCUCGGCGUCACCGGCACCGGCGGAGGAUGAUAGCCCUUGUUGUGCUCUCUGCUCUGUUUGACUAUCGUGUGAGCAAGUGAGUAUCUGCAGUGUAAAAACUGUGAUGUACUGAUUAUGUAACUGUAACAGCAAUCGAUGCAAUAAGACGAAGACGCUUGUUAUUAGCA